CGGUGACGGCGCGAGUGGCUGCCGGUCUCGAUAUGUGCCCUGUGGUUAGACUGGCGACCAGUUCGGGGUGUUGUCAUCUGGUGUAGGUUCUAGCUCCAGCACGGGUGAAAGAAAGCGAUGGAAAUUGUCAUUUAUUUAUUUUUGUAUCUAGCGUGUACGAGUGGCAGUGAACGCAUCUAUUUCACGCAGGCGCAUUGGCCAUGUCAGUCUGGCGGCGGCCAUGUCACGUGUCCAAACAAACGCGGUAGUGUUUAGUCAAGUUCGACAACAUUUGUCUAUCACCGAAAUAAUUUGUUAAACACUACCUCUUUUUACUCAUAUUUUAUCCAUAUAGUUUUGCAGACAUCUCAUUUUGAUAGUGUCACUUACUCAACGUCGUCUUUGAGGUUAAUGGCGUCCUAUGUGUGGCUAUCGAUAUCAGUCAACCUAACGUUGUGUUUCUCAGCUCUUUUCUCCUCGUACAAACUCUUUAAGGACCACCGAGCUCCCUCAGUAGGACUCUUCCUAGUUGGACUCUCUGCAGGACUUUGUGUGUUUCCUUCCACACCCAUCCAGAAAGAUGCAGAAUGGGUCGGAGAGAUUCUGGCACCAUCCCUGCUUGCCUUCCACCUCAUGUGGCUCAGUGAGGACCACAGCACAGCAUGCAUGCUCCUGAUUGGCUCCUGCCUGCUGCUGGGACUGCGUGACAGUCUCUCAGCAGACACAUUGGUGGUACUGAGUCGCUGCCUGGGCCUAGCAAGCUUAUCCUGCAGCCUCAUGGUGUGUCUGUUCGCUGGAAACCCCACCGGGGCCCUGACCAGCGUGGCUCUCAGUUUGCCCGUGCUUUUGGUUCCUACUUUUGGGAGAGACUCCUUCGGAUCCCUCGUCUCCCUGACGGCCAAUGAGGUAGUGAUUAGGUUGCUGUUGAAAGGGUCCAUGUCUGUAGGUUGUUGGGUAUCCACACAUUCCCUGCACAGGUUUCUGAUGGACGUGACUGACCGAUAUCAUUUACACAUCUAGAACAGUCAUGACAUUAUCUUCUCUUUAUACAAGUGUAUUUUAAUCGUCCAUCCAUCCAUCCAUCCAUUUUCUACCGCUUAUUCUAAUCAGUGUUCUGAAAAUUACUUUUAAAAAGUAAAAGACUAUAGUUACUUGUUACUUUACCAAAAAAGUUAUUUAAUUACUAACAUAAUUACUAGGGAUGUCCGAUAAUGGCUUUUUGCCGAUAUCCGAUAUUUCGAUAUUGUCCAACUCUUUAAUUACCGAUACCGAUAUCAACCGAUAUAUGCAGUCGUGGAAUUAACACAUUAUUAUGUCUAAUUUUGACAACCCGGUAUGGUGAAGAUAAGGUACUUUUAAAAAUUUUUAAUAAAAUAAGAUAAAUAAAUUAAAAAAAAUUUCUUGAAUAAAAAAGAAAGUAAAACAAUAUAAAAAACAGUUACAUAGAAACUAGUAAUUAAUGAAAAUGAGUAAAAUUAACUGUUAAAGGUUAGUACUAUUAGUGGACCAGCAUCACGCACAAUCAUGUGUGCUUACGGACUGUAUCCCUUGCAGACUGUAUUGAUAUAAAAUGUAGGAAGGCAGCACGGUGGAAAGAGGGGUUAGUGCGUCUGCCUCACAAUACGAAGGUCCUGAGUAGUCGUGAGUUCAAUCCCGGCCUCGGGAUCUUUCUGUGUGGAGUUUGCAUGUUCUCCCCGUGACUGCGUGGGUUCCCUCCGGGUACUCUGGCUUCCUCCCACCUCCAAAGACAUGCACCUGGGGAUAGGUUGAUUGGCAACACUAAAUUGGCCCUAGUGUGUGAAUGUGAGUGUGAAUGCUGUCUGUCUAUCUGUGUUGGCCCUGCGAUGAGGUGGCGACUUGUCCAGGGUGUACUCCGCCUUCCGCCCGAUUGUAGCUGAGAUAGGCUCCAGCGCCCCCCGCGACCCCGAAGGGAAUAAGCGGUAGAAAAUGGAUGGAUGGAUGGAUAAUGUAGGAACCAGAAUAUUAAUAACAGAAAGAAACAACCCUUUUGUGUGAAUGAGUGUAAAUGGGGGAGGGAGGUUUUUUGGGUUGGUGCACUAAUUGUAAGUGUAUCUUGUGUUUUUUAUGUUGAUUUAAUUAAAAAAACAAACAAACAAAAAACGAUACCGAUAAUAAUAAAAAAACGAUACCGAUAAUUUCCGAUAUUACAUUUUAACGCAUUUAUCGGCCGAUAAUAUCGGCAGACCGAUAUUAUCGGACAUCUCUAAUAAUUACAAUUAAAUACAUGUAAUUAAUUACUAGGUAAAGUAAUUCAUGUGUUACUUUAAUAAAAACAACAUUGAAAUAUCUGGCAUAUGCAGUUCAGAGACGUUUCAUGAGAGCAGUGUGUGUGUGAGUGCCUAUUGCCAAGUGACGUCACUGAGAGCGCACAUUGAGCAGGAUUUUAGCUCAGCUGUGUUGUUAACUCCAAACAUAUCGCCGGGUAUUGUCGCCAAACAGCUACAUUUUUGUUUCAUCUGACCACAGAAUUUUCCUCCACAAGGUCUUAUCUUUGUCCAUGUGAUGUCAGACAAAACAAAAAUGUAACUGUUUGGCCACUAUACCCAGCAAUAUGUUUGGAGGAGAAAAGGUGAGGCCUUUAAUUCCAGGAACACCACCCUACCAUCAAGCAUGGUGGUGGUAGUAUUAUGCUCUGGGCCUGUUUUGCUGCCAAUGCAACUGGUGCUUUACAGAGAGUAAAUGGGACAAUGAAAAAGGAGGAUUACCCCCAACCUAAAAUCCUCAGCCCUGAGAUUGGGUCAUGGGCGCAGUUGGGUGUUUCAACAGGACGAUGACCCCAAACACAUGUCAAAAGUGGUAAACGAAUGGCUAAAUCAGGCUAGAAUUAAGGUUUUAGAAUGGCCUUCCCAAAGUCCUGACUUAAACGUGUGGACAAUGCUGAAGAAACAAGUCCAUGUCAGAAAAACAACAAAUUUAGCUGAACUGCACACAUUUUGUCAAGAGGAGUGGUCAAAAAUUCAACCAGAAGCUUGCCAGAAGCUUGUGGAUGGCUACCAAAAGCACCUUAUUGCAGUGAAACUUGCCAAGGGACAUGUAACCAAAUAUUAACAUUGCUGUAUGUAUACUUUUGACCCAGCAGAUUUGGUCACAUUUUUAGUAGACACAUAAUAAAUUCAUAAAAGAACCAAACUUCAUGAAUGUUUUUUGUGACCAACAAGUAUGUGCUUCAAUCACUCUAUCACAAAAAGAUAAGCGUUGUAGAAAUGAUUGGAAACUCAAGACAGCCAUGACAUUAUGUCCUUCAAAAGUGUAUGUAAACUUUUGACCACGACUGUACAUGUUGUUUGCUGUGUGAUGUUGCCUCUUUCUAUUAGAUGUCAAGUUCAUUUUAGUGUGGUGCUGGUUGUUGCUUUCAUUAGUAAAAAUAUAUUUCCUGCAUUGAACUUGCUGUGCUUCUGACGCUGGCUUGUUGACAUACAACCAAAUUAAAAGUAACGUGCCACGUUACAACAAACGUAUCGGUA